CACUUUAAAGGCGAAAAUUGACAAAAGAUCUUAAUCGAACUUUUUUGUUGUUGUAACCUUACAGACAUUGAAUCAAGAGAGAUGGAUUUUUAUACGCGAAAUGAAACAUUUGCGUCCCCGGAGUGCGUCGCAGCGGAGACGGAUGCGCAGCAGAACGGAGCCAGUAACGGCAGUUUGGAGACAUCAAACCUCACCUGCGGCAACGUUUCCACACUCAUACCUCAGGGUGUGAGGCACAAAGAUGACUACCACAUGCUGCGGAUCCUGCUCUACUCGCUCAUCUUCUUCCUGAGCGUGUUCGGUAACCUGCUCAUCAUCGUGGUGCUGACGGUCAAUAAGCGCAUGCGCACCGUGACCAACACCUUCCUGCUGUCGCUCGCCGUCAGCGACCUGAUGAUGGCCGUCUUCUGCAUGCCCUUCACCCUCAUCCCCAGCAUCCUCAAGGACUUCAUCUUUGGAGCCGCCAUGUGCAAGAUAGUGUCCUACCUCAUGGGAAUAUCAGUGAGCAUCUCCACAUUUAGCCUGGUUGCAAUAGCAAUCGAGCGCUACAGCGCCAUAUGUAACCCACUGAAGUCCCGGGUGUGGCAGACUCGCUCCCAUGCCUACCGGGUGAUCGCUGCUACAUGGGUGCUAGCCUUCGUCAUCAUGACCCCCUAUCCAAUCAUCAGUCACUUGGAGUCCUUUCAGCGUCCCGACAACACCACUGCUCACCAGUGUCGCCACAAGUGGCCCCUUGCAGCAGCGGAGCAGGCCUGGUAUAUUCUACUGCUGCUUGUGCUGUUUGCAAUCCCUGGGCUGGUGAUGAUUGUGGCCUAUGGACUGAUCUCCAGGGAACUUUAUAGAGGCAUCCAGUUUGAGAUGGGCCACAAAAAAUACUCUACUGAUGUGAAGAAUGGCCUGACCUCCACUGUGUCCAGUGGCAGUGAUGAUGGAGACGGUUGCUACGUUAAUGUGGUCCAACGGCCGCACUCUCUGGAGAUGUCCACCAUGGCUGCGUCCAGCCGGGCGGUCAAGACCGAACGACCACGCAGCAACACAUCUGAGGCCAAGCUGGAGGCCAAGAAGCGAGUCAUCCGCAUGCUGGUGGUCAUCGUCGUGCUCUUCUUUCUCUGCUGGAUGCCGCUGUACUGUGUCAACACCUGGCGGGCUUUCGAUAACCUCUCUGCCAAACACGCGCUCACAGGCGCGCCCAUCGCUUUCAUCCAUUUGUUGUGCUACACCUCUGCCUGCGUAAACCCCAUCAUUUACUGCUUCAUGAACACACGUUUCCGCAAAGCGCUGCUGGCCACGUUCUCGUGCUGCGCCGCUCCUUGCCAACGCCGCCGACGUCGCGGGCUGCGGGACAACGAGGAGGAUGUUUUGGCAACGGGAACGUCCAUGUCCAAGUUUAGUUACACUACAGUCAGCACCAUGGGGACCUGCUGA